UCAAUAUGAAAUACGUACAGUCAAUUGUUUGGACGAGAAAUUGGUCGAGAAACUAUUUAAUAACCCACAUGCCAAAUAUUUUGGCGCUAAAAAAGUCGGGCCUAUAUCACAAAUAUUUAUAGACUACCAAACUCAUAGAAUGGUGACCUACGACCCCGCCCAGCCAACUGAGCUAUUGGCCUAUAGCGAGUUCUGCACAUAUCCAGAUAUAAGCGUUCUUCGUAGCGAUAAUUGGAUACGCUGGUUGAACGUUCGUUUUUGUGUGGAUUUGCCAAUCACAUUGAUGAAUACGAUGUUUUUCAACUACAACAUAUAUAAUCUGGAUCAUCCGGAAACCUUAAAGUUUGUGAUGUCGGAACUUUUCUAUCGUGAGCAUAGGAUUACUUAUAUGAUCACAGUCAAGCCCCCCAAUUACAACUCGAUUGAUAAACUGAAACUAGAUUAUAGUUUAAUUGAGAACUACGGAAAAUCAUAUUACUCUACCCAAUAUAGCUUACCAACCUGUAACAAAUAUUCAUCAGUUAUUAUAGUCCAGCGAGCAGAUGUUUUCCCCGCAAUUACCUUCAGAAAAGCCCUGCCAGAAGACAACGAUGACGUGCUCGAAAUGAUUGACUAUGAAGAGCCAGACUUGCGCAUAGAGCACGGAGAUUUCUAUAUAGCCGAGGUUCUCAUGGGCACAGACGAAAGCAUAGAGCAGGAUAAAAUAAUAGUUGGAGAACAAGUUAUAGAAGGAAGCUCAGAUACGACGAAUAUUGGUCUCAUGUGGCUAACGGAGGAAAUCGAUAUUCCAAAGUUGAUUCAAAACUACGAUCUGGAGCGUAUGGGGAAUCUAUUAACGUUUACGCCCGCAGCUGAACACGAAGUGGUUCAAAUGACUGUCAAUUCAACAGAACAGAAGGCGUACUACAAGCUCUUUACAGAGAUAGCGCUGGACAACCUGACAGCAAGGACGAUCCUUGGAGGAUUAAUGAACGAUACCAGCAUUGCGAGUGUCACCAGUUCCUGUAAGAUGCGGAUAAUAUCGGAGGAAGGCAAGAUAAAGGGAGAAAAGAAAACCUAUUAUGAGCGGGAGUUUGUCUUUCUGAAAUUUCGGUAUAUAUAUGAAGCUUUGCGAAAGCGCGAUCACUAUUUGGAGAAUCGUAAAAGGAUAAUAGAUGUUGUUUUCGACACUCCAAAGGAUAGAACGAACAAUGAAAGCCAAAACCUAAAGAAAGCGAGCAACGCAUUUCUGUUGAAAAGGUUUAAUUUGCAUCCCUCGAAGUCGGUUGAUUGCAUCUAUUAUUUUCUUAAUGCCAUGUUCAGUGCAUAUCCGGAGCAUGACUUUGGGGUCGUAUCCAUAUCCCCAUGUACCACGAUAAGCAACAGUUUGCGAAAGCUCUUGAAAUACUUUACGCGCGUCGCUCAUCGACCCGCCGACGAUAUGCCAGAUGAGGUAUUUGUUACCCAUCGGAGUUCACUUUGUGGCGACCUCAGUAUACUUCCCAUGACGGAGGAUGACGAAUACCACAUUAAUAAGCUUAUCGAUCGCAAUAUCAGUCGGCAAACUGUCGAAACUUUAUUGAGUGUGGCUCCGGAAGCGGCGCCUCAUAACGAUGAACUUAUCAUUUUAAAAAACAAAAUAUUAGAUUGUAUACUGGCGGACUACUUACAGAAUCCCCAGACCGAGUUUCAAAUCUUGACCAUAAGAUGUGGGAAGCCCGUUCAACCAGGAGAAGACACUACGAUAGUGGGCUUCAUUGUUUUGCGAUCAUUUCGAGACUAUAACUCGAUACGCAACCAAUACAUAUUGGCGCCAGAUGAGUACCACCUGGCCCAUGCCCGGGGAGAGAUUGUAAUGCUAAAGCUGCAUCCAUUUUUUCACAUGUGGUCUGACGAAAUCCUUCGCUCAGUUGCAUUAAAGACGGGCUACUUGGAACUGUACUACCUAUUCCCAUUAAAGUUAUUGUCACUACCCAAUGACCUAAUCAUAAAUAUGAUGCCAGUCGAGCCCCGACGAUACAAAAGGAAUUGGUUCAUUGACUCCCAGGACAGUAGAUACUACAAACGUCACAGCGCGUAUGUCCCAUUUCCUAAAGUCAACUGCGUCACUGAUCGCUUAUCAGUAUUCCACUAUAAUCUGCUGCCAACGAAAUUUAUGGGUAAUACCAAUACUUUGGUUAUUGUGGGCUUCUCGAACGUGUGCAAAGCAUUUUUGCGACUCAUGGUUUUUAGUUGGAAUACGACAGACUUAAGGUUUACAAAGACCAAUAAUUGCGUGCCACGCCUUGACAUUACCUGCAUCGUUAUGGAUGGCAUUUUGGAAGCGGAGUAUGAUAAUGAGUUCCAGUGCCGAUAUUGUCAGGACAAGACGAAGUGUUUUAUUUACAACUCCAAUUAUUCUGCCUUCGUCCGGGAUGCCACUCUCCGGAUGGACCUACGCAAUUGGAUACAUUUUGUGCCCGGCAGGCUGGAGAGUAUUGAUCGAAAAUCGAAAGUGGUUACGCUCGAGAACACCUGUACAAUAUAUUACGAUAAGCUGCUCAUAAUGUGCGAUCUGACCUAUAGCGUCACGGGGAAAGUAGCUGGCGGUCGCAUAUUCCCGCACAAUUAUGCACAUAUCAAUCGCCAACUGGAUAAGAUCAUACUAUACCAUAAGAUACAAGAGCUGCGCGAUAACGAGAUGGCCAAGAGGAUAUUACUGAUCUAUGGGCACGACCUGGCAGUCUUCGAGUGUAUUGACUUCCUUUUAAAGCACGGGAAUACAGCGAAAGAUAUUGUCGUUGUUUUUCCGCGUUUUAGUGAACAGUCCGAUUACCUCAAUAUUCCCACCAUCGAUAAAAACCUCUUUGACAUUCUUGUCGACCAAGUGAAGGAUCUUGGCAUUAAAACUUAUGAAUCGUCGCAAUUUGUUGAUUGGACGCUUUAUCAAGAUGAAGACUUUAUUUCCAAGGUUACUUUCAAGAAGUUACCCAGGGGUCCUUUAUUCUCGGUUUCAUGCGAUCUUUUCAUAAAUUUUACAACUGUAUUCCUUGAUCAUACUCUGGAAAAAGCGUUCAUUAAGUGUGGCAUUGAAGUGAAUAAUGGUCAUAUCUUGGUGGAUGAGGACUUUCGUACUAACGAUGAGCAUAUAUAUGCGGCUGGAAAGUUUAUACAAAUACGAAAUGAUCCGAAUUAUCAAUAUAAGCAUACGAGCGCAAGGGAAACUGCUGAAAAGCUAAUGCACGCACUUCAACUUGAUCAGGAGAAGGCGUUUGUGGAGCGCAGAUACAUGAGACCCUGUUUUUUUGUGGCACUGUUGCCCAUGGACUAUAUGGUGACAAAAAUUACGAUGCCCAAACGCUAUUUGGGAGGACAGCUCUCAAAUGAAUUCACGGAGGUCAUGACCACGUACGAAGAUGGUGAAUUUUGUCGGGUGCGCUUGAAUCGAAAACAAGUGGUUGAGGAAAUCGUGUGUGUGACUAAGGCCAAUCGAACAUUGUUUUUUCUGGAGCCAUUCUGUGGUAAGCACGAAUCGCUUCUUAACAACCUAAAGGCGCGUUGGCAAAUGGGUUGGAUCAAAAGUUUUUUGAAGUUUUUCGAAGAGCCCUGGACAGAGCUUAUCAUGCACGAACGUUUUGAAGAGUUACAAACAAAGAAUCGCACUGCUCUACAAUCGUUGCUUGCGAAAAGUAAAGCUAAUGUUAACGAUAAGGACAAGAACUCGACAAAUACUGACUUCGAGGAGGAGCGGAAGCAGGUCUUGGAAUUUUAUUUAGUCACUUAUUUGCGAAAAUACCGAAAAGAUUUUGUACAUGAGUUUGCGUUGCCGGAAGAUUUUGAGUUUUCCAAAUAACAUUUUUAAUUUAUUUAUUUAUUUUAUUUUUUUUUUAAAGAAAACUAAACAUGUUUUAGAUAAUGGACAAGUUUAUUCAAAAUUUUCGUAAAAAUAAAACAAACAUCACUCACUUUUUGUAUAAAGUA